CCUUCACACGUUCAGCAGAGUGAUACUGACAAGUAUGGGGUUGCUGUUUGAGUCACUGCUUCUGGAUGUGGGGAUCCUGGUGGCUUCUGUCCUCUCAGUGGUUUACGCCUAUUUCAAGUGGUCAUUCUCUUACUGGAAGAAACGUGAUAUACCGUAUGUGGAACCGUCUUUCCCAUUCGGAAAUGUCGGGGAGGCGACUUUGGGACGGAGAAAUAUUGGAUAUGUAAACAGGAAACUUUACAAUGAUCUUGAAGGGCACAGAUAUGGAGGAAUGUAUAUAAUCAGCAGACCGAAAUUAUUUCUCCGAGACCCUGAUUUAAUUAAGGAUGUUCUGGUUAAGGAUUUCUCUACUUUUCAUGAUCGUGGUGUCUAUAUGAAUGAAGAAAUAGAACCUCUGUCGGGGCAUUUAUUUUCAUUACCCGGAAAGCGAUGGAGAAACCUUAGGAUCAAGCUGAGCCCAACUUUCACAUCCGGGAAGUUGAAAAUGAUGUUCCAGAGACUUGUAGAAUGUGGAGACGAACUUAAACUUUGCUUGGAAAAUAUUGCGGGAAGGGGAGAGGUUAUUGAGGUCAAGGACAUUUUGGCUAGGUUCAGCACGGACGUAAUUUCGUCCUGUGCUUUCGGUAUCGAGUGCAAUUGCCUGAAGAAUGAAAACGCGGAAUUCAGACAGUGGGGAAGAAAAUUUUUCAAACCCUCACUCAAACGAAUAAUCAUUGGAAUGUUAUCAACUGCAGCACCCGUUGUGUUAGACAAGCUAAAAUUAUCUAUAUUCGAUUCGGACGUUUCUAAAUAUUUCCGCAAAAUGGUAGAGGAAACAGUUCAAUAUCGCGAAACGAAUAACGUGAAGCGCAAUGAUUUCAUGCAACUGUUGAUACAGCUUAAGCAGAAGGGCAGCUUGGACUCCGAACAGGGAGCUGAGGACAGAAGUGACGAAGAAUUCAGUGGAAUUGGUGAAACAGCAGAUGGUCUGUCAAUGAACUCCCUGGCUGCCCAAGCUUUUGUCUUCUUCCUUGCGGGUUUCGAGACAUCCUCGACUACCAUGAUGUUUUGCCUGUACGAGCUUUCAGUAAACCCAGACAUACAGGAGCGCCUGCGCACCGAGGUCGACACGGUGCUGGAGAAACACGACGGGAAACUCUCAUACGAAGCCGUCCAGGAGAUGAGCUACUUGGACAAAGUUGUAUCAGAAACUCUUCGAAAAUAUCCGCCAGUUACAUCGCUAGACCGCGAGUGUUCGAAACCGUACAAAAUUCCUGAAACAGACAUUGUUCUGGACAAAGGAACCCGGGUUGUCAUACCCGUGAUUGGUCUUCACCACGACCCUAAAUAUUACCCCGAUCCUGACAGGUUUGACCCCGAACGGUUCAGUGAGGAAGAGAAGCAGAAGAGACACCAUUAUGUCUACCUUCCUUUCGGAGAGGGGCCCAGAAUUUGUAUAGGGAUGCGGUUCGGAUUGAUGCAAACCAAGGUGGGGCUGGUUUCUCUUCUGUCCAAAUACCAGUUCAGUGUCAGCAAGAAAACUCCUGUUCCUCUGGUGUUCGAUGCCAAGUCAUUCAUACUGGCUCCUGCUGGCGGGAUGUGGCUGCAAAUUAAAAAUAGGAACAUGAAAUAAGCUGAACACCUGCUCUGAAUGCAAGCAAUACAAGCCUUUACGACACUGCACAUUCGUAGACACGCCACCGUUCUUAAUCCAAAAGUUCCAAUGAUAUAAAUAUGUAUUAGUUCCAACUACCCUAGGGUUUAAAUAUGACAGUGGAUGAGUGGCUGUUUGUAGUUUCAAGCAAGACAGAGCUACAGGUUUGUGAUGCUACGGGAACUGAUUGUUCAAGUCCAACAUAACGGCCCACUACUCUGUCGCUUGAUACGAUUAAGCAUUUUAAAAGUUAAAUCUGUGCAAAAUUUGAAGUUUUAAAUCCUCUUCUCUCGUUAGGGAAAACUAAACAAAGGCGUGGAUUGUAUUGUUUUACAACAAGUUAUUCCAAGUUUGAAGUCAGUGAAAUAAGGCUAUCUCUCUAGUAUGUGUCACUGACAAGUUUCAAUCCACACGUGACAAUCCCUACUUCUGUAUGAGUAGCAGACACAAAACUUCUUAAUUGAAUCAUAGAACAGUACCCGUCAUCGUAGGAAAGUUUACUUUUAUGCUACUAUAGAUAAUAAACAUUAGAACAGCCUUUUAUAUUCACUAUAUAUUGUUGUAUAACAGUAUUAUUAAAUGAUUGAUAUUCAGUUCCUUAGGAAGUUUGUAAAGUUAUAUAUAUAUCACUCAAAAUAUGGGAAGUUGAAAUGUGUUAUUAAGCAAUUUGUAUCCUUAAUUUGUUAUCUGUAACCAGCGCGGGCUGCUACAACAAAUAAAGUUUAAUAGAUUACAGAA